UCAACCAGUGCCACCAGGCAGGGAAGGAGAGUGGCGGUUUUGCGACGAGGUGAACGUGCAACGAGCACGACGGCCUAGACCACGGACGCUGACGGUGCUGUCGGUGCCAUCACUACGUUUACGGCUGCGAGGGUGACCAUAUCGUGCGCAUAGAUCAUCAUCAUCAUCGUCGUCGUCGUGCUGAAUCGACACGCUGGCUGGCUGGCUGGUCCCUAGCUGGUCCCUGUCCCCCGCCGCGACAGCUCAUCACCAGGAUCGAGGUCCAGGGUUUCGAUUUUUCCGUUCGGUUCCGUUUUACAAAAACCUCUUGUUGCUUGGAUGCGCUCUAGCGCUCCGUACCUACGGCUAGUUCCGGGAUGUUCGUCAGCUGGACCACAACCUCGAUGUCGGUGUAGUCGGUCGCUCGCUCGCGGUUCGCGUCCAGAGUUCAACGGUCACUGGUGGUCAGUAACGUCCGGUCGUUAGCCGUCGAAGGUACACCAAAAGCAGAAAACGGAAGUCCACGCCACCCAACCCCUUAAAAGCUAAACCGGGGCUGUUGAAAAGCUCGAUCUUGAUCCACCGAAAGCGUUCUGAGCCAAAUAUAGGUCAUCAUCCCGCACGCCUUCAGUGGACAUAAAUUGGUAGGUUUAAGGUUUUUGUACAGCAGCAUCCCGAUGCUGGAUGGUGAGUGAAGUUUGGUGUUCUCAAGUGGUAGAAAAGUGCAGCAGAAUUGUGAGUUGUUAAGUGUGUUUUUGCCCGCAACAUGUCUGGCACGAGCAGGACUCUGGCGAGGAAUUACGUGUGUAGCUAAUAGAGUUAAGGCAUCUAGCCGACUUUUGCCGUUGCGUGUGAACGUUUGAAGGAGUUCCCGAAAGCUCCGGGUAGUGUUUCUAGUGCGUUUGUGUCGUUCCCGAAUCAUUCCUAAACCCAACCGUGGUGCAAAAGAUGAACGUCGGUAGAUCGGUAGUCGUGUUGUGCGGUCCGUGGCUCGAUCGUAGCGAGCCUCAGUGUUACCAGCCAACCAAAAGCUUCUGUCAGGACAGUAGCUAGGUUUUGCGGGGCAGCCCGCUGAAGAGUGCGUUCCGUUGCCGUGAUCCGUUCGCUACGUCGUACCGCGGUUUCUUCCGGCGGUUGUGCUUUCGGGAUCGUUUUGCAAAAACUGUUUUAGCACUGUCAGAUGUAAGCGUGGUGGUGCAUGAGAGAUAAAGUGCCCUUGCUAACCGCCCCGAUGGAGCUGGGCGGCGAAGUGUUUACGAUGGGGCUGGCCCUCAAGCUGCAGAAGGUGCCGCCGGGAUCCGGGAUGGUCGAUUUCACCGAGUUCCGCCGGGAAAACUCCAACACUGCCACCUAUGCCAGCGACUGGGACAGUUACCAGGGUUCGGAUGUGGCGGGCAUCAGCAGCAGCAGCAACAACACGGCCGGCCCGUUCGAGGAGUAUGAGCUGUUCUACCGGCACUCGUACACGAUGACCGCCGUCUACUGUGUCGCGUACUUUAUCGUCUUUAUUGUUGGGCUGGUUGGGAACAGUUUCGUGAUCGCGGUCGUGUUUCGGGCACCGCGGAUGCGCACGGUGACAAACUUCUUCAUCGUGAACCUGGCACUGGCGGACGUGCUGGUGAUAGUGUUUUGCCUGCCCGCGACACUGAUGAGCAACAUCUUUGUGCCGUGGAUGCUCGGUUGGUUGAUGUGCAAAACCGUACCCUACAUACAGGGCGUUUCCGUGGCAGCAUCCGUCUACAGUUUGAUAGCCGUUUCGCUCGACCGAUUCCUUGCCAUCUGGUGGCCGCUGAAGCUGCAGAUCACGAAGCGUCGGGCACGGUUCAUGAUCGUGUGCAUCUGGAUCAUAGCGCUCGGGUCGACCGUACCGUGGGCACUGUUUUUCGAGCUCGUGCCCAUCAUCCCGGAAGCGCCCGACAUCAAGCUGUGCGUCGAAGUGUGGCCACCCGGGACGGACGGUGCGCUCUACUUUCUGUUAGCGAAUCUUGUUGCCUGUUACCUAUUGCCGAUGACGCUUAUCACCAUCUGUUACAUACUGAUCUGGAUCAAGGUCUGGCGCCGCUCGAUUCCGGGCGACUCGAAGGACGCCCAGAUGGACCGGAUGCAGCAAAAGUCCAAAAUCAAAGUUGUUAAAAUGCUUGUUGUAGUUGUUAUACUGUUCGUUCUUUCCUGGUUACCUCUGUACGUUAUCUUCGCCCGCAUCAAGCUGGGCGGGGCGCUCGAAAGCAGCGAGGAGGAGCUGCUCCAGAUCGCCACCCCGAUCGCCCAAUGGCUCGGUGCGUCGAACUCGUGCAUCAACCCGAUCCUGUACGCGUUCUUCAACAAGAAGUACCGCAAGGGCUUUGCGGCGAUCAUACGUUCGCGCAAGUGCUGCGGACGGCUACGGUACUACGAGACGGUUGCAAUUGCUUCCUCGUCGACCAGCACACGCAAGUCCUCGCACUACCACAACAGCACGAAGCGGGCCGGUGGCAGUCCCUCGGUCAAGUCGGCUGACGUGGUGUCGUACAUUUACGAGGAGAAAGGUGGCCGCAAGCACCACGCCAUCUCGAAGCAGAACAGUGACCUGUCGCGGCAUAUGCUGCUGAAGCAGGACAGCAGCAUUUCGCGGCAGUCGCUACUCCUCAAGCAGGACAGUGUUGCGUCACGGUCGGCGAUCCUGUACCGGCAGGAUAGUGACAACUCGCGCCAGAUGCUGUUGAAGCAGGACAGCAACAGCUCGCGGGACAUGCUGUCCAAGCAGUGCUCGGCGUCGGAUUCGAUUUCGCGCCAGGACUCGCAGAUCUCGUACAUCGAUCCACCGCGCAAGGGCAUCCUGUGCAAGCAGGACACGCAAAUCUCGUACAUCGAGCACACCGGGCCGGGUGGUAUGCUGGCCAAUGGUGGUGGUACACCCGCCAGCAAGAAGUACUCGGCGUCACUGUCCUCGCAGGACAGCGUGCUGUCGAUUAUCGAGCACAAGCGCCACAAGCUGGUCAAGCAGGACUCGAUCUUUUCCUUCAACGAGCCGAAAUCAGGUAAGCCGCUCAGCGCCCUGCGCUUCCGCCUCCGGUUCGCCGGUCGCCCAUCGCGCUGCGCUGCCCAUCACCACCCAUCACUAUCUCCUGCACGUACCACGACCACCACCAACACCACCAACACCACACAACCACCACCACCCUGCUCACCAUCAGCUAGUGAUGAUGUAGGCAUUCCCGCCGCCGAGUCAGUCAUUGCACGAACGCACGCAUGCACGCACCCUUUCACGGCAUUUCCUACCAUGACCCCACGUUGCUCCACCACCGCGUCUACGGCCAAUCCCGACCCGCUCAAUGUAAAGAUGAAUGUGAAUGUGAACGUUAAUGUGAAUGUCAAUGUCGAUGUGAAUGCGAAUGUCGAUGUGAGUGUUUGUAGCGAACUUCCCGGCCGCAGUAGCGACCCCGCUUCACCGCAUGUCCCGCAUGCCGCGCACCGGCCCGCACCCGACCGGAUUCACUGUACGCUCGGUACGAUACCGGAAGCGCCCGUCGAACACUUUCCCCGCCAUUGUAGUACCCAGCACGCAGAUAGUGUUUGUCAAGCAUGUUACGCUAGUACGGCCGCGGCCACAACCAGCACAACCAGCACCACAAGCACCAACACCACCAGAAGGCCGGUGUUCCGUCGCUGGAACCGUCGCCGCCGCUGGUUCCCGUUUGGCACGAGCGAACGUGGCAGGGUGGCGAGCGGCGCCGGCCACGAGCUACAGCCGCCAACCGCCACUAAUACGCGACACCCUCUGUUGUUUUUGCUUAUUGUAGUGUACGAAAGUGCGACGCCGGCACCGUUCAAGCGGCACCAGCUCGUCAAGCAACACUCGGUCAUAUCGUUCGCGGAUCAGAAGCGCGGCGGCAGCCUCACCAAGCAGGACUCCGUCACGACCAUCCACCGGGCAGGGAAUGGGGAAGGUCCGUACAUUUCCUCCAUCCUGAAGAAGACCGAUUCGCAGUGCAGUUCCGCGUCACCGGUACGCAAAAAUAUCGGCUUUUUCGACGGCUAAACGAUCGUGAACCACGAUCGGGACUGAGAAGUGGGUUUUCUGGUGUUUUCCGUUGUUCGUUGUUCAGUCCGUUUCGGGGUGAGUGGUAGCGUAUCCCCGGGUUUGGUUGGAUCCCGGAUUUCUUGUAAACCUUACCUCACACUUACACACACAUACACAUGCAUUACCAUUCCUACAACCCUUGUCCCUUUAGGAGGUGGUUCUGGGACCGAACCGUGGACCAUCGUCGACCAAACCAAAUCCUUGCAUUUUGUCUCAUACGAACGGUCUUGCUAUCAACAAACCUGCCAGAGAGUGGUCUUCAUACUACUUCCUUAUAUUCAUUCGACAGGUUUCUCUGCAACGUUGACUUUGGCUUUUAGUUCUGGGUAACUUUGUCACUUCUUGCUAGCUAACAGUAGCUUUAUGUCCUUAAGCACUCUUCGUCUCUACCUCGGCAUCUUUGACAACAGCAGGUCCCGUCAUGCUAGGGAAUGGUUUACAAGACUUAUUUAUACUACUUAUGCGGAUGGUUAGUCCUGGCUACCAUUAUUAUUACCAUUUGAUCGAUUAAUGGAUCCAACACUGUUUGGAGCUAAGAUAUUUGGCUGAUGAUCACUUCACUUGUUCAUCCAAUAUCCAAGUCUUCUAAGCAUUUAUGCACUGCUCCCCCUUCGGUUCGCAUUGCCAGGUUGCCAGCUGUUGGGGUAUUACUUCAGAAAUGUGAGGCAGAGAGGUUGUAUGAAGUUGCAUUCUCUCUCCUUCUUCUUGGUCUAGCGACCUCUUAGGUCAUGUCUGCCUUUUCUGGCUUACAAGACUUAAGGAUAAUGCAUAGUUGGAUAGUCGGUCCUCACUUGGGAUGGGAUUGGUACCCCGAUCCUGCCGUUGUCGCCUCUUUCUCUUUCCAAGUCCAAUUUUACGAGCUUAUGAAAUUCCUGCAAAGUUUAGAGAAGAUUUACUGUCUGUAAUUUCAGCGUAUCGUCCUUCAAUAGGAAAUGGCCGGCGCUAUAAUUCUCUGGGCUGAUGUACAGUCGAACACCUAGGUCGAUCUCAAUACGUCACAAAAAAUCGCUUUCGAUACGAAUCCUUCAAGAAUUGAUCUAGUUGUGUCGUCCGGACAAGCCCAGCUACUUUAGUUGCAGCACCUGAGGAAAGUCAUAUUUCUACCAAAUCUCUCUGACAUCUACACCUUAGUGGCAUUGGAAGAAGCUGUUCCCUGUCAAGUCAAGUCACAGUAGCUCCCGUAGAUACAAUUGAAGAAAAACUGUUCGUUCCCUCCGCCUUGCUAUCCGGGGAUUGCAGCGUGUUGAGCGUACUUAACACAAUACUUCUAGUGAGUGAGAUGGUUUGUGCGUUUCACAUUCAGAUGGCGCAACGAGCACAACAAUUUCUUUCCCUAGUGCAUUCUAAUGGCUCACCCUGAGGUGAGCUUUUCCAACCCACGAGGAAGAUAGGGUCCACGUUUUUGGCAGGUGGCACACACCUUUACACAUUACUCUCCUCAUUCCAUCAUUCAAAGUGUCCUUAACGCAUUUGCCCAUGUUGGAUCUCCCGAAAUCCGGAUAAUCCGGACAAUCCUGACAAGGCUAAAUAUCUUCCCCAAAGCCUUUCCACAGCAUCGAACCGAAUCGAAUCUUCAGCCGAUCGUAAUCUCCAAUCUCACAUCCUUUCCAACGAUGCUGCUCACCAAAAACUCCGGUUCCGAAAUUACAAAAAAAAACAAACAAAACAAAAGCGCCUCCCUGUUUACAAACCUACCUAGCGGUGGCUGAGCGAGAAACAAACACAAAAAUACUAAACUCCCAUUUACACAUAAAAAGCUUAUUAAAAAAGGUAACCCUUUUUUGUCGAGAAGAAUAAUAGAGCUUGCAAAAAAUGCGGUCAAACUCAGCACAUAAAAAGGAGGUAGAAGAAAAGAAAAAACGUAUCACAUCACUAUUUUGCAGAAUGGGAAAAGAAAACUUAUUUAGCAGAGUAGCGCAACGGAAGAUGAGAACAAAUUUUAAACCCCCCUUUCACCUCUUGUGGCAUGUUCCAUAUGGCCAGCGAAAACACUUAACAACAGUCAUUAUAUAUAAAGAAUAUAUCAGAAGCUAAAAGUAUUACAACUAAACUCCAUCGAAAAGCGUGCAUAAUUAAUUGAAGAGGCAAUAAGAGGCAGCGGGUGCUUACAAAAAGGGUUGUUUUCGUUGUUUUGUUGAAGCAAAAACGGUUAAAUUCAAAAUUUUGCAAUCGAACUAAGGUUUUGGCAGAGUUGCGCAACUUUAACCAUAAUCCAAACCCAAACAAAACCAAACAAGAAAUAUUUGAAUGUAUUUUUUAAUAGUGCAAAUUGCGUCUGGUAUUGUUAUUAUACGGUUAAACAUCUUAACAUAAAAACACUUUAAAAAAAAACCAAGCCAAUCAUCACGAGACACAACUCGACGCGAUCUUCUUCUAUGUACGAUAAAUAUGAACAACAACAAAAAAAUAACAACAGUUUUCAAUUUAAAAUAACCGAACCGCGAAAACCCAAAAAAGGACCAGUGUUAUUGACAAAACUGUACAAAAGCAGCACAGGUACAGGAUAGCCCCUUCUUUGCUGUUCAGGUUAUCGAAUAAUAAGCAUUACAUUAGUCCCCUUUCCCCGAUUAGUGUGAAGCAAAAUCAACUCAAAAACCCGUUACCGACAAAAUACCUUGUUUGAGUGGAUGGCACAAACGAUUUGACCACUGGACGGGAAGCUACAAGCGAUGGAAAUGCUAGUGAGAAAGAAGAUGAAGAGCAUGUAUUGUCAUAUAUUUUUGUAUGCAAUCUAACCACUUAAAUGUAAUGCUAGUAAAGAAGGAAGGAAGAAGGAUAAAAAUCAGAGAAGCAAAAGUUAUACUAUAACAAAACAAAACUAAAACCAACACACACACACACAACAAAGAGACAAGUAAAACAAAUGUAGUGAAUAAAUAGCGCUAACUAAAUAGAAACAAAAAUAUCAGUUAGGAGAACAAGCGAAGACGGUUCUAUAAAAUGUCUUGCAAACCUGAGACAGCAAAACAAAACAAAACACAUGGCAGCGCCUUUUUGAAAGUGAAGGUGGUGGAAAAACCCCCCCUCAUUGCAUGACUACUAGUCCAUAAUUAGUGCACUAAAACUGAAUGCAAUAACUGUAAACAAAGCAGGCGGGAUACGGUGCGCGAGUUUGUGCCCCGUCUCGUAUCUGUUAGAGCGUUCGGAACCAACCGGAAGCUGUGUGCGUGUGCGUGUAUGUAUAGGCAAUGUAAGCAUAAGUUUAAUUUAUUUAUCGUUAUUCGUCUUGAGGUUUCCGUUUUAUGUAUGUGUGUGUGUGUGCAUGUGUGCGUGUAUCUGUGUAUGUGUAAUAUGGUACAUUUCGUUGUAAUCGUUUAAUGUGAGCAAACCACACUGAACAACACAAAUGAACGAGCAACUCAUAAUUGUGAUAAGAGAUAGACCAUUAAUGUUACUCGCAGCAGCAGCAGCAGCAGGGAAGGGGGCGCGAGGGAGGGAGGGAAAAGGCUUACGGUCUCGGAUUAGCGUGUCUGGGCUGGCCUGGCAAGCAAAGCAGCAGCAUUAUUUUAAUCAUCCAAGUGAACCCCCUUUUGCUAGCAAACAAAGCAAUCGCUGCCAUGUGCACAUUUCGCCGAGUGUGGAUUAGCAGAGUGUGGGGGAGAGAGAGAGAGCAAUAUAUAAGUACGAGUUUUUUACUAAUCGAGCUAGUAAGUAGGCUAAUACAGUAGGUAUAUUAGGUAAACCAAACUGCAACCGUGCGGUAGGUCUGCUGGCCUACUGCGUCCAACGGUUUUCUAAAGUGCUAUCGUACCAGAUGGUCGUUUUGUGGGAAGCAAACGGCAAACAAAAAUAACCGUGUAACGUUAACUCUUAACAAACUGUGUCCAUUGUGGGAAUGUACAGUGCGGUGAUGAUGGAAAUGAUACAGGUUUUAGCGUUUAUAUGAACCAUUUGCGCGAAUUAGUCGGCUUGGCAAUUUGAUUCGUUCACAUAGUGUGCUUUUUAGAUGCAGCCAUAACGGUGCGUUGAUACCACUGUCUAUUAACUCAUGGAAAAGACUUCUGUUUUUCAAUAUGGUGCCCUUAAUUUGUGCAUAAUCAUGCGUCACUUUUUGCUAAAGAAUUCAAAUCCAAAAAAUGGGGAAAAUUAGCUUAGCAAUUCUUCGACAGCGUCAUGCCACACAAAAUCACUCUAAUCGAAUCGAUAAGUUACUUUCUUCAAUGUUAAAAAGUAGUUAAAUUUUUAUCAAGGUUUAAACGAAGUUCAUGGAUAAAUCAAGUAAUAAUGUUUUUUAAUUGUUUUUUUUUUAUAGUUCUAAUUGAUAUUUCCAAUUAAUAAGUCUUAUUAACGAAUCAUACUGUGACUCUGUGGCUGCGGUCGGAAGGGUUCGUCGCUUUAAGUCUUUCGUGUUGUAAUGAUUUUUUUCAAGUAAUUUAGUAUUUUAGUUACUUGGUCAACUUCUAUUGAAAUCAAUUGAGUCUAGGCUCGAUUUAACAACCCUUCUUGGAUCGUAUCUCUUUUUGCUGGAUGUUGAGAGUAUUAAGGAAUUUACCCCUAUACCUUCUGGACUAUUGGAAUCCUCAACUCCAAACAAGAAAGUGAGAGUUUAGACAGCUUUAGCGUGUUUUGGCGCAGAAGGGAUCUUUUUUUAUUACUAUAAAUUACUUCAGUGAGGAAGUUUAAGAGAUUAAGAACUAAAACUUAUCCUUAUUUUGCUUCCUAAAUACCACUCCCUAUAUUCUACGAUCUGUUUCCUGUGAAAUUACCGUACUGCUUAUUCGAUUCUAUCUACUUUCUAAUCCUACUAACUCUCUACUAACUAUUUAUUCCUAGUUCCUAACAGUCCAUCUUUCCUAUUCCUAAAAAUCUUCAAACAACUCUUAAGCUACCAAAUCAUUUUCCCUUGAAACUAAUCUCGCAUAUAAACUGUUUUGCUUUACAUGUUCUGCUAGACAUGUUUAGUAGUCGUUAUGAGUUAGAAUUAUUUUUCUAUUUUAAACCGGUUUCAAUAUUUUUUUUAUUUUACCUAUCGUUUAGCUACCUAUAAAUUAACAUAAAUUGGCCAGCUUGAAAUUGAUUUGAUUAGUGAAGCUGUAGCAAUUUUUUUAACUAAAAUUUGGGAUUUUUGCUGGCUUAUGCUUCUAACCGAAUGUAAUGAAGUCUCGAGCAAAAAUUAUGCGCUUUUGGGCAGUGGUAUCAGGGUAGAAUUAUAACAAUAUUUUAAAUUGUGGUUAUACAUGAGCAAAUUUAGCAUUUAAUCAAAAGAGCAACGGUUACACAGUUUGGCCGUGGGGAUAGCUCAUCUCAUUAAUUCUAGUGUGAAAGUUUGAUAAUGUUCCCCCAUUCUGUAUGACGAACUACAUUAAGCUCAUUUUUUCAAUCAAAUUACCAACAAGAAAAACAAACCUACGACAUAUAAACCACAACAGUUGUCAAUAUACAAUGUCUGCCAGGUACGAUACGAUACGAUACGAAGAAGCGAUGGCACUACUCCAAUAUUUGUCGGUUUUUUUUUUUUCCACGUGACCAUUUGUCUUUUGCGAGUGAAGUUGAACACGAACAGGGGGCGGUAAACAUUAAUCUUCAGCUUUCAAAACAUAAAAAUCACUCUUAAAAUGGUGCUUUCUUCUAUCGAACCCAUACUAAACUCCGCAAUGGGCAUCAUCUUUCAAAGCUUUUUGGCAGCAUAAUAGGGGGGGGGGGGGGGGUUUCGGGAACGAGCAACAAAGCAAAGCAAUAUAUUGACGAAGGAGAGAGAAAAAAAAACCUAUCACACCAUGGUUCUAUUCUCCCAUACACCCACGGAUUAAAAACCGAUUGCGUGAUAGUGCGAUUUAAUAAUUUUUAAAAGCUGUCGAAAAGCUUUAGGAAAAAAUAAGGCAAAUUAAAUAAAGGAUUACAAUUAGGAUAGUUUGUUCGGGGUACUAGGUAAACCUCGGUUUUUUUAGGGUGAAAAAAGCGAUAAAAUACAGACAGUGCCCGGGACACGCCCCUUGGGAAAGCUGUCUAUCUAUUUCGGAGGCACACGUUUUUGACACUGCCCGUAAAGCGGUCACGGUGGAAGUUUUUGCGACACUAACCAAAAACCCACAGAUCAACGUCAUUAUGCAUCGAAAGCUGAACAUAACAACCGUGUCUUCACCAUACUUAGCUUCUUGAACCAUCGGAAGGGUUCGUCGCUUGUGUCGCAAGUCUUUCGAUUUUCAAAUUCAAAAUUCCACGUGUUUGAGUGGUUUUCCUUCUUCUUCUUUUUUCUUAUUUUCCUUUUGAAUGUAUUUUAACUAAUUCCGAUACAAAAUGGUAAACCUCCUCUUCCCUUCCUUGGCUGUUACUGAGCUGGAGAAACUCACCAGCCCACGCCACGCCAGUAACCAAGACCAAGGUACGACAAAAGCAAUGUGUUUUUGUAACAGUUACCUUUUUAAAAAAAAUGGUUAACUAAUAAUUAAAUUUCAAAAUCAAAAAUACUUCCUCCACUUGCUUGUAAACUGUUGCACUUUCUUCAGAGAAAAUUUCCAAAACAAAAACCCUCUUUGCUCUUCUACUACACCAACAGCCAAUUUGCUGUUAAUGGCUGUUUAAUAACAGAAAAAUAAAUAAUUUAAAAGCAAUAUAUUCCAUGCUCGUGGUUGCUGCCGGUUGUGACUCGAACAACCGACCGUGCCGGCACGGGAACCUUACGAGACGAACGGCAACCGUUAUGGUUUUCACCGUGGUCCAACAACGCAGUGUGUUAACCGGGUAAAGUGUCUCCAUUUUUACACUCCGCCGUGGGCAGAAUUUUGAGUGAAAAGGUGUUAGUUUUAAUUGGUGCUGCCGAACUGAUGCAUAAACGCACCUAGAAUAACUAAUUAGGAAAUCCAGCUUAAAAAAAGGAAAACAUACCAAGUGGACAAGGAAAAGUAAUGGGAGUAAUUUUGACGGACGCUUAAAUUUUGUCACCCCAAUGCUGAUCCCUGUUAGCUAUUUGUAAGGUUAAUAUGGUGAACAAGACACACAUAUAAACCCACAAUAAUAACGUUCAAAUUGAACUGCUAACGGCUAGCUGGGAGGAAAUGUGCGUAUAAGUUUACAGCGUUCUGUGUUUCAUUAGGUGUAUCACCCAUCGUACGCUUUUAAUAGUAUAAAAUGGUUCUUCAGCUUAAGUAAGUAACCAUAAAAUCUCGCUAUCAACACAGAAAUCCAAAAAAAAACGAAAACGGUUCACUAUAUAAUCACCAUCACACCGAUCACCAGUCUGCUGUUAAAAUCAUAUCGCAAAUCCAUACUAUAAAAGUGUAGUGUUAGAAAGAAACAAACAAAAAAACAUACAACCAACCAACAUGGAAACACAAAUAGGAACAGUACGGGAAAUGGUAGGUAGGCGUGCUGCGAUCGCGAACGGUUGGCCAAACGAAAACCCCUGAAGAAAGCAGUGGGCAACCGUGCCAACCGUACUCGACACCGAUACGCAGACGCUACACACUAUAGUUUGAGUUUAGAGCAACCAAAUGGGUUCUGCACCACCACACGGCGUGGUGUAGAAGAAGAAGCAGAAAAACACAUGCAAAAGCUAAACAGCAGUAGUAGUAGUAGUAGUAGUAGCAGUCGCAGUAGUCUGCGAGGAAGAAGGCGAGAUGACGAUGAAGAAAACUAUCCAAACCUCAGCCAGCUGCGACACAAAUGUUGCUAGGACGCAUAGUAGCAGAUCGAAUUGUUUGUUUUUUUUUAUCUCAGCUAAUUCCUCGUACAACAUCCCAAGCAACAAUAACAGGAAAAGGGUAGUUAUAGCAGUCUGUGUGAGAAAAGCUAUGGGUUUUUCUUUGUUUUUGUUCGUUUCCUUAUACGAGUGUGCGCGCUUCGUUUCCGUUUGAAAAUAGUUCGAUGUUUAUGUAUGUAUAUGUGCAUGUUGUAUGUGUGUGUGUGUAUUUGAGUGUGACUACUGAGAGUUUUAAAAAAAAGGAUAAACAUUUUAAUGGAACAUUAAUAGCAUAAUUACUCAUCCACACACAAACAAACACCCCAGUGCAAUAGUUCGCUGCGGUGACAUAACAAUAAAGAAGCAGUAAUAGGAAAAAAAGGGGGAGCGUAGGGGAUAUUUAACAAUAAUCGCAAUUUGUACAAAUACAAUAUUAACAUAGUACGAACGACACUAUCUGCCGAUGAAACGAGCGUACGCGCGUACUCAUCUCUGGCAAAAAAAGAGAGCGGAGGCCGAAAGAAAACCAAAAGCAACUAGUAGUAAUAGUGUGUUAGUGAGUAUCAUUAGUAGGUAGUGGUGGUGCAAAAGCCCCGUGGUUCAGCAGUGCGGCCAGACUCGCUUCUGGCACGCUGCUCUGUCCGUUUGGGUGCACGCGUAACGCAUAACGCAUUGCAUACUUCUUAGGCGUAAUGCUAACUAGUAACUAGUCCAUACUGUACGUUUGGCUGUGUGCAUGUUUUUCCCCCUUUUUUCUGUAAAUGAGCGCUCUAAUUUCUCUUCUUUAUUUAGCAUAUUGGUGUGACCUCUAGUAGUAGUCAGUAUGUAGCAACUAAUGUAAAUAUAUAGUGAGCCAUUUUAAAACCCCAAUUCUUAAAUUGAAGCAUUAUAAUUUUUCCCAAUGCCUGCUUAGCGUUAUCCCACCGGCAAUAGUAGGGCAAAGAUAAGUUACACUACCGAAGAAAAGCCCUUGAGGUGUUUGCUCUGCGUUUGGAUGUUUAUGUUUGAGAGAGAGAGAGAGAGAGAGAGAGAGAGAGAGAGAGAAGGAGAGAAUCAGAGUUUGUGUGUGUAUGUGUGUGUGAAAUAAAUGUGUUUGUGUGUGGGUGUAUGAUAGGAGGAAAACACUGAAAACCCCCCCAAAACACUGUUUGUAGUAAACAAAAAAUACAAUAAAACAAGCAACAUAAUCAAGAUGGUGUGGAAGCGUGACUAUUUAGAACGGUGUGUUACCAUAUCCUGUACACAAAAACAAUCGUUAGUUUGGGAAGGAGAUAAAUGCAAACGCAAACUAUAGCUAAAAAAUUGUUGUUUAACCGUUUUUAUUUUUAUUAAUAUGUUUGUGUAAGACAGCACGCCGAGCCGAAACUAUUUGAGAGCGAAUGGUGCUGUAUUAGUGUAUUGCAAAACUAACCAUUGUAGCUGUGCAUCUUUAUGUGUAUGCGUGUGCAUGUGAGUGCGUAUGUGUAUUUCAUUUGGCUUCUCCUGCUUCUGUUACUUUAAAAUUCAAACCAAAAAUCAACAGUUUUGUUAUGCGGAUAGUAUACCUUGCAGGCGCGAAAUUUGCUCCCGCAACGUAAUACAAACGCCCUCUUAACCCUUGAUGUACCAGCAACAACAACCAAGACCGUUUAGUUUCUGCCAAAAGUUGUUAAAUAAAUAAAAAAAAGUCGCAAUACAUUCGCUCCGUUUGCGUUGCGUUGGUAACGGGUGUACAAAAACAAAUCAGUCUCGAACGUACAACAGAAUAAGCGGCAGCCUGCUGCGUGAACCUGAAUGAGUAGUGGCUGUAAUGACCGUAGAUGAGCUAUGAUGAUGCAGAUGAAUUGAUGAAUCGUUUUUAAGCUGACCGCUUGUGUGAAUUGUGAGGGACGAAAAACAAAACAAAUACUCUAUUCUGCUGGUAUCACAGUUGCAAUGUGGGUACAAUUGUUGCCAGUUACGGACCAGACCGAAUAAAGGGUUUGAGAUAAAAAUACGGAAUGGGUUAGGGCAAAGGAAAAUGGGGAUGAAGAAAAAUGCAUAGCAUAAUACAAACCAAACAAAACACACAGAUACAGAUGACAUUUUCAUGUUCAUAUUUUAAUCGCAUCAAAUGCAUACUAGCCGUACCGUGGAUGAAAUACUGUUUUGCAAACGAAAAACCCGAUGGAUAUCAUAUUCGAGCCAGUUAUUUAAAGCAAACCAAAAACAAAAAACAGAAAAGAAUACAUAUAAAUAUAUACAUACAUAUACUAUACAUACAGACGCAUACAUAUAUAAAUAUAUAUACAUAUAUACUAAAAUAUAUCGAACACGCUGGUUGGUGGCUGAGUUGGCUGCGAGAAGAAGGAAGGAAACUGCUGACAGCUGAAUUAGGCAGACAAGCACAAGGAACAACGAAAUCGAACACUAAACCGAAAUCACGCAAAGAUGUGUCCACAAAUAUAUAGACUUUAGACUGAUUGCUGUCACUGAUUGUACCGGAAGGAAUCGAGCCGAGCCACGAGACACACGCACAAGGAUGUUGUGGGGCGGCCUCCGUUUGGGAGCCCUCACUAGCUGGAACGGGAUAGUUGUGGUAUGUGAUGACGGACGGACGGGCGGAUGGACGGUUGAGGUGUGGUGAACCAGGUGAACCAAGGUAUCAUUUUGAAGCUUACAACAAAACAUAAAGCAUGUACUUCGUACAAUAAUAAUAAUAAAAUAACAAUAUUAUUAAACAUAAAAGUAAUAAAAAAAACAACAACCAAUGCACAAAAUGGGAUAGGUAAGGUAACAGGUGUCGUACACCUGGUAGAACUGUCGCUGGCACGGAAAUGGCGUAUAACAGAAGCUUUAUGAGCAACUUGGAAUGGAAAGGCGGGUUUUGAAGGACAACAAAUUGGAUAAAUAAAAUACACACACACUACGCAUAUGAUGCACAUGACACUCGAACGUUUGUGUGUGAGGGCGCGGUUGUUCGAAAUAGUGGGUCACAAUGCAAUUUGUAGCGACUUACCUAAAGGCCCCAAAAGGCACAAGAUCGCUAACGAAACACAUACACACCGACACAAACGAGAAGCACUAUAGAGACAAAACAAGAACAAAAAACCGAAGGCUGUUGGGUCGAUUUUCACACCGGGAUUCGCGCCGGAUGAGUAGAUUUAAAAAAAAAAAAAGAAAAACACAGAAAAACACAUUUUGUGAGCCACAGCAUUGGCUUUGGAAUGAUGUUGUUGGCCAGAGCGAACGUAACUGUAUCGGUUGGAGCAACCGUGGAUUGGAAUUGUUGGGCAACGGGGCGGAUGUGCUGUCGGGAGCUGGGAGAAACCAUGUUUAUAAAUGUAAUACAAAAAGUGAACAAUAAAAAGAGAAAAAAAAUCUCAAAAUCUUUAAAAA